AUGAAUACUCCAACUACGGAUAAUAAAAACAAUCAAGGGACGAAGGCAGUAAUGUUACCGUCUCCGGUACUACAGUUCCACGACAAUGCAAACAAUACGGCCACACACAUGGAGGACACUAGUAAACACCAAGGGAGAACGCGUUCAUUUGCACAUGAACGCGGCAUCUGGGCCAGUUAUGUAUUCAUAGAUUAUAGUGAUGCUGAUGGUUGGAUUGAACUGCAGAACGAAUGCAAAACCUUCCUGGACACUACUGCUACUCGCGACUUCGUCCCAAUUGAACAGAUGCAUUUGAGUCUUACGAAAACCUUUACCAUUCGGCACCACAACAUUGCACCGUUUGUGGAAAACCUGCGAGAGCAGCUAGCCGGUCAUCGACGAUUCAGACUUGAAUUUUCCGGCUUGGAGGUGUACGUCAAUGAGGAACGCACGCGAACAUUUGUGGGAGUACGUGUGGCUAAGGAAUCUUACAGUCCAAUUAAUGAACUCGUCACCAGCGUGGAUGAGUGUUUGGCCGAGUACAAACUGCCACUGUUCUACACGGAUCGGUCAUUUCACGUGAGCAUCCUAUGGUGCUUGGGCGAUCGAGAAGCGGAAGUGCGAAAGGAAUUACCUGCGAUUACCACCGUGUUUGAGCGAGUGUACGAGGAAGAAUACUGUGACAUUAGUCAACAAGUGAAGCAGCUAUGGUUCAAAUGUGGGAAUAAAAUGUUUAAUUUUGAUCUUAUUUAA